AUGUCCCGCUAUAACGAGUACAGAGUAACGGACGGUGGUCUACAAGUUUGUAAUUCUUCUGAUCCCCUUAUUAAACAAAGAUGGCGGGAUUUGAUUGCUCUGGAAAAGGAAGUGUUGGCUUCCAAACAUUGUAAUGUAUCCGUGGACGCAUUUCACUAUCCCAAUUACACGUUAUACAGAAAUUUUACUGUUUUCUUCAAACCCACUGAGCAGAGUUUCACAGAGCAAGAUUACGGAGUGAGUUUUGGAUAUUUUACAAUUUGUUCGGCAAAGCUUAGUCUGUCCUGCAAUGAUUAUUUGGUUAAAGUGAAAUACGGCGAUCAGUACAACGUUAUGCAAAACUUUUCGUUGUUUUACAACAACAAGAGGUUCUGGUUUUGUAAUAGAAGAAAUGAAAUUCCGAGCGGAAUUUUUAUACAUUUAUUAGACCUAAAAAAUACAACUAUCGGCACUAGUUUAAUGUGCAAGAACCUUUUUUCAGCCAAACUCGUUCUCAGAGUAUGCCCGUUCGCAGGUUAGGGCCCAGUACCUAACCUGCGAACGGGCAUACUCUGGGAACGAGUCGAUAAGUCAACAAGAUUGUUCUUCGCCCAUGAGCUUUGCUUAUAGGCUGGCCUUAAAACUAAAACAUGUUACUGUAUACGACGCAAUUUAUAUUCGUUUGUAAGCAUUUUUAUGGACUCAUACACGAGGGGUGUUAUAUACGGGGGGGGGGGCUCAUAUACGGACGACAUUUGAUAUUAGUAAUGAUAUUUAUUGUACCUGUAAACUAUAGUAUACCGUGGACGAAAAGAAUAUAAACUUGACAUGACUUAAAAACAACACAUGAUUAACACAAAUUAACACAUAAUUAUAUUACUUUAAUGUAAUUAUCGUCUGAGGCUCAUUCUGAGCUGUUGUCCAUUGGCUUAUACACGGAGGGGUUUAUUUUCGAGGAGGGGCUUUAUCUCACACUUCCCCAAUCGUCUCGGUGUUAAUAAAUUUUCAAGGGCAAAGGUAGCAAGGCACGCAGUCGCUGGAAAGCUGGCGCGGGGUGGAAGGGUAGGGAGAAACGAGGGGAAGUUGUGUACUUAGUCGUAACCCACUCUCAACAUUUCUCGUGGGAGGAAUCUGGAGUACCCGAAGAAAACCAACAACAUUCGGCAGAGCGUUGACUCAUUCUUUUCAAAUGAAUGUUUCGAAAAUUGAACCCACAAUUUCAGAGAUGGAAGACGCUUGCUCUGACAACGAGUACAGCUGGAUUCAGCUGGUAUCAUUAUCACAAAUUGCCUAAUCAUAAACCUUUUAAAUUUUGUGUUUGGCCAAGACAGCACUCAGUUGCCUGACAACACUUGCAAGUUGCAACAUGGUUCGUGGCUUUAGUUUUCGACUCUUGUAUCGAGUCGUUUUCCUUUCCUUCUGUCUGAUUUUCGCCUGUUUUUAUCAUGGUGGUGGUUCAAAGAAUGACAGGCGAGAAGAGAACCGAAAAAAUUAAAAGAUGAAUUCAAAGGUAAACCCUUGAAUGUCAACGUUUCUCUCGAACAAGACAAACGUGUCUCUAACUUGACAGAAAACGCGAAACAAAUUGAUGGCAGCAAGGCGCGGAAGAACACUGAUCUUUCAAAGAUGGUUAGAAAAGGUAAAUAUUGAAAUGUGACAAUGUUAGCACUUCAGAAGAAGUAAUUGAUAACCAUAAUUUAUUUUUAGGAACUGCGAUGAAAACACUCCGAAGUGAAACAAAACAAAAGAGCUCAGUACUGCCUUUUUCAACAUCAUCACCGUCUGAGGUAAAAGUUCCACCCAAAGAAUCGACAACCAUCUGCCGCUCAAAUGAGACAGAAUGGCAAAACGGUGGCAGUGAAAAUAUAUCUUCAUUGGAAAAUCAAAUUUUUCACGAGAAUGACUUGAAAAAAACAGCCAACAUCUCUUCAUAA